AUGGCUGAUGGUGGACAGGAUAGUAGGAGAGUCAUUCCCGGCGCGUCCCUUGGUGGCCUGGAGAUCUCCGCAUCGAUGGAGACUUUCCAGUUGGGUUCCCUCUCCCCGGGAGUCGAUGAGGCAACAUGGAAAGAGGGUAUUGCGGCGCGGCGGCGUGAGGAAGAGCGACGAUGGCAGGAGAGUCAGGUGCGUAGUGCUCAUAAUGCAGGGCAUACAUCCGAGCGGGACCGUGACCCUGAUUGGGAGGCAGGGAGUGGGGAGGAUGGCGCAAGUGAGGGAUUCGGGGGUGGUGGUAGUGCUGCUAGGGGAAGUCGGGCUUCGAAGAAGAGGGUGCGGGCAGGGGAGCGUCUGGGGUCGGGAUUGGUGCGGCCUACGGAGGGGAGGGAGGGGGGGGUGAGGGUGGGGUCAAGCGGUGGGUCAGGGAGGGCGCCUGUCGCUUCUGUGCCUGCCGCUGCUGUGCCUGCCGCUGCUGUGCCUGCCGCUGAUGUGCCUACUGCUCUUGUGCGCUCCGUUGGUGUAUCACGGGCUACUAUCGAGGCAAUGACGUUGAUUGGGAGGAAUCUAACAGGAGCGGAGUUGGACCCGAUAGUCGAGAAGGCCCUGAAGAGUAAGGAGUAUGGGUUGGUGCGUGGCAUGCACGGGCCAUUGAUAUGGGUACGUCGUUACCUCGAUCCGGCAAAGCCAUCAGAGCUUGCUUUUCCGGAUGGCGGGUGGGGCCCAGACGUCCCUCAUCGGACCAAGUGGCCAUGGGAGCAUGCGGACACGUGGCCCUCCAUUCCAGCUGGCGCGACGGGGGUUGGUGCGAGUGGGGUGACAGGCGACGCUGCUGGUGGUAGUAGGCAGGCCACCAUGAGUUCUUUCGUCACGCCGCGGGUUGGUGCUCAACAGCUGCGCGAGGGGUUGGUGAUGCUCUUUGCGGGACUCGACAUGCCCUUCCAUGUUGUCGACCCAAUGCAGCAAGCACUCAAGGUUGAGGCGGUCAAGGAGCAGCUCCGGAGGCUGCGAGAGUUGGCCAGCCACAUUGGGUGGUCCGUGCAGCGUUCGCAGCGGUUCUUUGACCUGCAGAGCCGGUAUGCUACGAGCCAGACGGCGUCGCAACAGGAGGCUGCACAGGGAGCCACGAUGAGCCGAGUACCCGCGGGCUUGCACCUGAUCAUCGACUCGCCUACCCGAUGGGUAUCCACGCUGGAGAUGGUGCUGAGGGGGUUGGAUCUUCGCAUGCCUCUCACGAUGUUCUUCGAUGACACUGAUAUGAGUAGAGGGCUCGUGGGGUUGCUGAACGGUGGUCAUGCAUGUAUGCUCAAGGUGUUGUGGGGCCUUGAAUGGGCUCGAGGGGUUGCAUGCAUGUGGAAUGUGCUUACAGUGAACGAUGGUCAUGCAUCUAUGCUCAAGGCUUCCAUCCCCUGUGCCACACGCGAGGCAUGGGAUAAGAUCCGACUGUUCGAUGCUCACUGGUCCGCUCUCAUCGAGUUGCGUGAUUUCCUCCAACCCUUUCUCACUGUCACUCUCUUCGUGGAGGGGUCUCUGGGGGCCACACUCCAGCUGGAUGUUGAGAGGGUGAAGGCGCUGGUACGAGGGCGCCUUCCACGGUACCAGGCAGCGGCGACUGUGGCGGCAGAGGCACGACCGGGAGGUGAGGUCACGAGUGCGAUGAGAGCGGUGGGGCAUGCAGCGGUGGUGGGGGCAGCAGCGAGGGGGGCGGCUGGGGGAGGUGGCGGGCGCGAUUUAGAGGUGGAGCUAUGGGCGGAGAUGGCAGCCAUGGAGGCAAAGGAGGGGGUGCAGGCAUAG